UUUUGCACAGAUAAGAGUGAGAAAUGACAAAUGUAUAUUGGGGAAGAGAGAGAAAGGAAACUUAUCCAUUGAAAGAUCUAUAAAAGCAGAUCACACCUCAAGGCUCAGGCAUAGUUAGUAUGGUAGGCUACAGAUAUAGGGGUUCAGAGAGAGGGUUAGAGAAUUCAUUGUAUCUGUAGGAAGAAGAACAGCGUUUAUUCGUGUAAAAGUAUAUGAUCUCAAUCUCUAUUUAUCUCUGUUUAUAAGAAUCGAUUGGCGUGUGAUUCUGCAAUGGCUGCAUCGAGGAGCUAUUUCCCGAGGAAUAACUACCGGUUCCUGUCGACUGACCGCGAGGCGCCGAUCGGUGGCGACUCCGUGUUUGAAUUUGAGGAGUCGGAGGUGUGGAACGCGGCUCACUCCGCCUCUCCGGAGCGCCGGAAGGCGAUUCCGAGUUCUCGCGCGAGGAAACCGUCGGCCGUGAGCGGCACGCGCGUGGUCGGAGCGGCGCCGGGGUCCCUGCCGGUGAACGUGCCGGACUGGUCGAAGAUACUGAAGGACGAGUACAGGGAGAACCGGCGGAGGGACUGCGACGAUGAUUUCGACGACGAGGAGGAGGACGGCGGCGGCGACGGUGGCGAUCGGGUCCCGCCGCACGAGUUCGUGGCGCAGCAGUUGGCGAGGACUCGAAUCGCCUCCUUCUCGGUGCACGAGGGCAUCGGGCGCACCCUCAAAGGCAGAGACCUGAGUAGAGUCCGCAACGCGAUUUGGAAGAAAACCGGUUUCGAAGACUAACCUAACUGGAGGCGAGGAUUGAUUUUCCUUUUUCGUUUUCAAAUUUUCCGCUUCCAUAUUUCCGGAUUUUGAUUUUUAUUUAUUUCUCGGAAGUGAACUGCCUAGCGGAAACGGAUUACACGCAUGUAAUCGUAACGUUAAGGAGAUAAAAAUUUAAGAAACAAAUUAGUUCCAUUAUCAUUA